AUGUAUGGCCAUUCAUCAGAUGAUCGGCAAGUCAAGUGUUGGAUACAUCUGCUACUUUGUGGUAGGUUUUAUUCGCCUUCAACUAGCCAAAGUUUACUCUUUUUCAGCAUAAGAGAACGCUUAUUUUUCAUAUUUUCAACGCACAGAAGAAGCGAAAAGAACAACAACACAGGGACGAUCGCGAAGCGUAUGACUAUUUUCCCACUCCCCGUGAAAUCAGUUUUCAAUUCAUCGCGUAAUUCCUUCUCUCCUGUUUCCCUCCAGAACGGUCACAUUGAUAAUCCGUAUUGCGAAGGAAUUCAGGGCGCUAUGGCUGCCUAUGCACAUUCACUGCGAACUGUCAAAUUCCACGGUCCGACAAACUUUGCUCCCAUUAUCAACACGGUUGCCAGGUAUGCAGAACCGGGCUCCCAGUAUUCAAUUUUACUGAUCCUCACCGAUGGAAUAAUUUCAGAUCUGCCCCAAACUCGUGCAGCCAUUGUAAAUGCCUCUUCCCUCCCUCUGAGUAUCAUUAUUGUCGGUGUUGGUCCGGCCAAUUUCGAUGAAAUGGAAGAAUUGGACGGUGAUGAAAUCCGACUCACUUCUCGUGGUCGAGCGGCUGUUCGAGACAUAGUUCAGGUAAGUUUCAGUUCUUGUGACUUAACUGGUCACUGUAUUUUUGAUGAUGCAAUAUUUGAUGCACGUAAAUUAUAUUCUGAGACGUUUAGAGUCCCAGCACUUAAAGCCUUGCAGCUUGGUUUUGAAAUGGUGUCUUUUGAUUACCUUGGAUGUCGUAUAACGAUUUAG